CUGGGCAAUCUGGGUGUAAUGCUGCACACUCGCUUCGAUCGUCGAGGCAAUGAGGAAGACUUGAACCAGGCUAUAGCACUUCAGAUGGAAUGGCUGGCUUUGCACCCAGUCAGUCACAAAGAUCGGUCCAAGUCAUUAAAUAACCUUGCCUCUCAACUCUCCUCCUGCUUAAAGCACCGAGGCAAUGACGAAGACUUGGAUCAGGCUAUCGCACUUCACAGGGAAGCGCUGGCUUUGCACCUGGUCAGUCACACAGAUUGGUCCUCGUCAUUAAAUAACCUUGCUAUUCGACUCUCCUCCUGCUUUGAGCAUCGAGGCAAUGACGAAGACUUGGAUCAGGCUAUCGCACUUCACAGGGAAGCGCUGGCUUUGCACCCAGUCUGUCAUGCAGAUCGGUCCAUGUCAUUAACUAACCUUGUAACUCAACUCUCCACCCGCUUUCGCCACUGA